AUGGACGAUCCCUGGGGCUCGCCUUGGGCACUACCAGAAACAACAGCAAAGAAUGACCCUCCGACAUCAUCACCUCCAAAAAAUCUACUCAGUCCACCCCCAAGAGCUUUCUUCGGUAGCGCAUCAAACUUUCAAACCCAAUCUCCAUGGGCGACUGAAGGUGGACUCGGAGAUUGGACUGGUACGGAGCAGAGCGAUGUUGCGGCAAACACUGCGGAUUGGGGAGUAUGGGCAGAGCCAUCUCCGCUGAUUUCCCAGUCGAGUCCGAGACCAGACGAAUUUGGUAAAAGGAGUUCCGUUGCAUUACCGAGCAGCGCCGCGACAUCUCCAGGGCUAAGGCCACUCCCACGAUCUCGAACAUCUUCCGUAUACCGUCAUCACUCGCCAGAUCCAUGGGCUACCGAAGUAUCGCUACACGAUAAAAAGGACGACUCUUCGACGCCUGUGAAUGCACUAGGGAUCAGCAACGUAGAUUCUCAGCAUGAGUUGAGCAACCCUCCCAUGCUAGCAGUACCAAAGCAAGAUGUCACAAAUAUCCAAGAAACAAGGGAGGAUAAUACUAAGUUAAAGGAGGAAAUUGAACAGAUUCCAGCCGAUGGAUUACAAGUAUGGGAACUGCCAUCGCCGUUGUCAGGCAUCGAAAAACGUCAAGAUUCGGGAUUUGAUUCAGCACCUAAGAUCGACGUUCAGGAUGCUCUAUCCAGACCACCAUCUACAGCCUCGCUCAAUAGCUCUAAUGGGUUGGACCAUCAGGACUCUCCGAUCACGUCUAUUGACGAGGAUACUAGGUCACGCCUUCAGAAUAGUUCUAGGAAAGCUUCAGGCAAGGUCCAGGAGCUUGUAGGAAUGUAUGAUUGUUUAGCAAAGAUUCCUAUAGAAGAGUCAUCUGCAUCAACACGACUUGAACCACCGAAUGGAGAGAGUGGAAGGAGGUCUAGAUCGCCAAGCCAGAUCGGAAGCACAGGCGGGGAUACUGAUUUUGGCGAUUUUGAAGACGUGCGGAGUGAGGAUGGCGAACCAGCUUUCGAUUCAAACACCCCACUGGCAGCUCCCAAAAGAUUAUAUACACCCACACCUCAGCCCGAAGACACCCCUACCGAGAACCACAUUAGUGAGCACUUGGAGCGCAAUACCUCAACAGCAGCAAAAGUCUCCGUACCGGUUCAGCAGCUUAUUGACAAGUUCGGCCCUAUACAGUUCGAUAUUGACUUUCAAUUAGUUGAUAAGCUCUUCCCCGACCUUUCCCAAGGCUUAAAGGGGGAUGUAAAUGCAAGAGAGAGCAGCGAUGUCCCGGAUCAAAUCAUUAAGGAUAGCUUCACGACAAUUUCAGAGCGUAAAACUUGGUACCGUCUCUCCCGUUAUGGGUCAAUGCGUAAGCAUGACUUGGGAGAUGAUGAUAACUACCAUAGAGUGGAAUGGCCGACAUCCAAUCUACACGGCGAUGUCAUAAAAAUCGUUAGAAGAUGGAUGGAGGAGGAUUCGAUAUCUGGACGGGUCACGCUUGGGGCUGGUAUACGGACGAGUGUCUUUAAUUGGGGUUCUUCUGCAGCCCCCGUCGACCUAGUAAAUCACAGCUUAGAACAGCCGGUACAUGCAGCGAGUUCUCGUCCUAAAGCGAUAUCAAUAAAAAGUCCGAUAAAACCCCCCGAUAUGACCCCCAAAUCUCGACCAGCUUCCAUUCCCAGUUUCAACUGGAGCUCGGAUACUAAGUCAUCCCCUAUUACGCAUUCAAUUGCCAGUAGCGAUGACGAUGGCGACCACUACAGUUAUCUCAAGGCGAGGCUAGUGGAGAAAAUGAAGAAGAUGACUGGGGCGAAAUGGUGUCGUCGCCUCGGGUAG